CACACACACUGCUCUGCGUAAAGCUCACACUGCUGUCUUUCCAUCACUCGCCUCAUUCCUGAAAUGCAGUGAGAUGUAAGCUCUGUUUGUUAAAUCCGGUGACAGAGUGCAGUUUAAUACAGGCUGCUGUGGAGACGCUUUUCUGCAGGCGGGCUAUAGAGGAAACAACGUGCUUUGAAUGCAGAGCAGACUUUCUCUGGUGCCGCGCAGGCUCCAGUCAAAGCCAUAAAACAGAGAAAUUACUCCAACGGAGCGCAUUAGAGAUUCAUUUCAAUUACAGGCUUCGUCUUACUGCCUUCCUUCGGAGGACAUCAGGCUCUGGGCUAUUCAAGAAGGAGAGCGUUUACCUUCUGCGGGAGAGGGACAUUAAAAUAAAGAACAUCCGAGAAGAGCAGCUGAGGAGAGAUUCCGCGCUUUGAGAUGCUUUAGUGGUUUCACCGGACUCAUGGCUUCGCUUUACCAGAGAUUCACUGGGAAGAUUAGCACCAACAAAUCUUUUCCCCAUCCACCUGAAGCCAGUCAUCUCCUGGGUGGACAGGUUCCCGAGGAGGAGAAUAAGGCUGGGAAGAGUCCUCAUCACCCCUCAUCCCGACCCCCGGUCCAGUACCGCAAGAGAAACGCCUGCGAGGAUGAAGACGAGCUGGUUGGCAGUAGCCCUCCACAGAGGAACUGGAAGGGAAUCGCCAUCGCCCUGCUGGUCAUCCUGGGCAUCUGCUCUCUGAUCGUCACCGCCGUCAUUCUACUCACACCAACUGAGGAUGACAGUCUGGCCUCCAAGAAGAAAGUCACGAUUGAGGACAUGUUCAGUGGGAAGCUCCAGGCACACGACCCUGAGGCAACAUGGAUUAGCGACACUGAGCUGCUCUACAGCACAAAUGACAGCAAUGUGGUGCGACGCAACGUGCUGACCAAUACCUCCAAGAUUUUGGUGAAGAACACCACGUUCGAGAGUUUCAAAAACCAGGGAUCCUACAGACGGAUCACAUACAAAGUAUCUCCUGAUCUAAAAUAUGUGCUGGUGGCCUACAAUAUUGUGCCGCUUUAUCAGUAUUCCUUCACGGCCUGUUACAUCAUCUGCAGCCUUCACUCUCCAGAGAAAGUGGAGCUGACCCCUAAUGAGGUGCAGAGCACCGCACUGCAGUACGCCGGAUGGGGUCCCAAAGGACAGCAACUGAUUUUCAUCUUUGAGAAUAACAUCUACUACAAAGCGCAAGUGAACAGCCCAUCAAUCCGUCUGGUGUCCACAGGGAGUCUGGGGGGCGUAUUUAAUGGACUUGCUGACUGGCUCUAUGAAGAGGAGAUCUUCCAGAGUCACAUCGCUCACUGGUGGUCACCAGAUGGUCUCAGACUGGCAUAUGCCACCGUCAAUGACACUCUGGUGCCCAAGAUGGAGAUACCCAUGUUCACAAACGCACUGUAUCCCAGCGGACAGGAGUACCGCUACCCUAAAACAAAAGAAGGUUCCCUCUGUAGGAAAGAUUACUACAUCACCAUGGUGAAGUGGGCAACCAGCACCAAACUAGCAGUAAACUGGCUAAACCGAGCGCAGAACAACUCCAUCCUGACCUUGUGUGAGGCCACCACAGGCAUCUGCACAAAGAAACAUGAAGAUGAGAGUGACAGCUGGCUUCACAGACAGAACGAACCUCCGCUGUUCUCCAGAGACGGAUACAGGUUCUUCUUCACCCGAGCCGUUCCACAGGGCGGCCGAGGGAAGUUCUUCCACAUAUCCAUGUCCACUUCCCAGCCCAACAGCAGCACAGACACACUACAGUCGCUGACGUCAGGAGACUGGGACGUGACGGAGAUAUUAGCCUACAAUGAGGACACCAAACUUGUAUACUUUCUGAGUACAGAAGACGAUGCAAGACGGCGUCACCUCUACAGCGCCAACACCACAGGAUCCUUCAACCGCCGAUGUCUUUCCUGUAAUUUAAGCUGUGGAUACGUCAGUGGAUCAUUCAGUCCAGAUGCAAACUACUUCCUUCUCAACUGCAGAGGUCCCGGUGUGCCUCACACAGCCGUGUACAGCACCAGAGACGGAGAGUACGAGAAGCUGCUGGAUGUGGAGCUCAAUGAGCAGUUGAACACCACUGUGAACAACACGCAGAUGCCCAAAGUAGAGUACAGAAAGAUCAGCAUAGAUGAUUACUAUCUGAACAUGCAGAUCCUGAAGCCAGCAGGGUUUAUAGAAACAGCUCACUACCCCUUACUGCUGCUGGUGGACGGCACCCCCGGUGGUCAGAUGGUGACGGAGCAGUUUCUGGUGGACUGGACCACGGUGCUGGUCAGCUCCUUCAACACCAUAGUCAUGCGUCUGGACGGCCGCGGCAGUGGCUUUCAGGGCACAAACCUCCUCCACCGCAUCAUGAAGAAGCUGGGGGAGUUUGAGGAGAGAGACCAGCUGGAAGCUCUUAGAGUGAUAUCACAGGAGCCAUACAUUGACAGCUCAAGAACUGGAGUUUAUGGAAAGGCAUAUGGAGGAUACCUGGCCAGCCGACUAUUACGCUCAGAUGAAAAUCCAAAUAUGUUUAAAUUCAAAAUCAAGUGUGGCACGGCCAUCUCUCCCAUCACUGAUUUCUCUUUAUACGCUUCUGCGUUUUCUGAACGCUAUUUAGGAUCACCGCAGGCCAGUAAGAGAGAAUAUGAGAUGGCGCGUUUAACAGACCACAUGGAGCAACUGAGGGACAAAAAACUCUUGAUAAUUCACCCGACGGCUGACGAGAAAGUCCAUUUUCAGCACACGGCCAAAUUUAUCACCCACCUGAUAAAUGAGAAAGCUAAUUAUACAUUACAGAUCUACCCAGAUGAAGGCCACUUCCUCCACUCGAGAGAGUCGCAGCUACAUCUGAGUCAGUCGCUGGUCAACUUCUUUGUGGAGUGUUUCAGACCCCCAGAGAUACUGACUGAAGACAAACUGGAGCAGGACAAUGAGGAUGAUGGUUAAAGUUCUAUUCUGAUCCAGCACAAGCCAGCUUACAGCCCAAUAUGCAAACGCCUCCCCUCCACCCUCAUGGUAGUUCUGAUGGCUUCUCCUGAGCCUCUGCAUGGACCACACCCCUCAACUCUGAUUGGCUCAUUGGCUCCAGGAAAGAAUCUGAAUGACUUGGUGAUACAAGAACCAGUGGAGGUACAUGAUGAACCAUUUCAUACUCACAGCACCACACGAGCAGUGCGAAAAAACCAGCUGGACAUGCGUGAUUCGGUCAAAACUCUUUUGCUUGUGUUCUGUAAUUCAUGCAUUGCUGCCAGAAAGCUUUAAGAGAUGACAGCACAAUAUACAGAACGACUGGCCGGAAUUAAAAGCUGCAGAUUUACUCAAUAGCAUAUUUUCCCUGCUGCGUAGCGUUCCGAGGAGUUCAAACCAGUUUAGGUCCUUUAUUUGGGUAUAAAUGUCCUUGUGAACCCAUUCGUUUCUGUCGUCAAUGUCAUCGUUAUCGGGCUUAUUCAUGCUGAAUGAAUUUGUGCAAAAUAUUUAUAAAACCAUUUCACGUGUCAGUUGAAUGUGGCAAUUUACAUAAAAAAAAUUAUUGGAGCUGAACAAAUGUGCAUAAAUCAUAUACAUAAAAAUGUACAGGAAUUUGUUCUGUGCAUUUCAUGAGGCUAUUUGUUCAUCAAAUGUGCUACUGUAAAACGGUUGCUUUAAAAUCGAUCAAUUGUUGUAAGUAUCCAUAUCAGCGUCCGCAUGAUGGCACAAUGACAUAUUGUUCAUUUGUGAAUCGGCCCAUUCUGAAAAGGACAGUCUUAUUUAUUUUUUUAUUAUUAUUUGAGUGCAGCUGCAAAUGUCUAUGGAUAUUCAUUUAGUCACUGUGCCUUAUUGGAGUAUACCUGCUAAAGACAGGCAGUCCAUGAGGUAGGACGAAUAAUUUCUGGAAAAUUUAUGGAGAAAAAAAAAAAAAAAGGAGGUUUAGAAAUAAAGUUUUAUGUUAUCAAAGAGAACCAUGCCACAAUCCUGCCAAGAACAUUUUGUUUACAGUCCUGUGUACUAGUUGAGUUGUAAAGUAAUCCAGUAGGUUAACUGUGAAUACAGAAUUCAUAGGACUAGCGUCUUUGGGCAGGUCUGUGUUUUGUUUGAGGUUUUAUGUCAUACGUGGUUACAAAGGUCUUUGAAGAACGUUUUGCAUAGAAUAUAUUUUCUUGCUCUAUAAUUUGGCAUGGUGGCAAGAUGGUUUCUUUUGUUUUAAUGUAUCUAUUUACGUCGUUACUUUUGACAGCUUGAAUGUUCCUAUGUGGUUCCACUGAAUUUAUUGUCGUAAGUGAAAUCCUGUCUUGUAAGCAGAUGCACCGAUGUGUAAAUUACAACUGUUUUGGUCCCUACUUGUGUGUACCUUGUACAUAAAGCAUUUUGAAAGC